AUGAUGCUGAGGGCGCGGCGAGCGGCGGGGCCGCUUCUCCGCCUCGCCGACGCAGGCGCCGCUGGCGAGGGGAUUUGCGGCGGCGCGCAGCCCUCUCGCGCGGUGUUCACCCGUGGAUUCCUGGAUUUCUUCAAGACGUGGAGCAAGGAGACCGCCGAGGAUGCGGAGAAGAAGGCAAAGGCAAAGGCCAGGCUUACUGAUGAGAUGAGCAGGGGGUACUUCCAGGACAUCUCCGAGAUCCGUAAGAACGCCGGCAAGAUUGCGGUGGCGAGUAAGACCAUUAUCCCAGAGGUCGCUGCUGUGAAGUUCCCUAAUCUUGCUUUGGAGUCCCCUGCUGGCAGAGCAUUGCAACUGCCGCUUGUUGCGUCUCCUAUGCUAGACGGUAGUCAUGGGGCUGGUGGUACAGUGCCGGUGGUUCCUGAUGCGGCACUGGUGUGCCUUUCGUUUCGUGCAAGCUCGCAGAAAAUGGCAGAGUCGUGGAGCUUACCCUUUCUUGAUGCAUUUGGUGCUAAUGGAAAAGUUGAAGCGUACGAGGUCUCAUUUAUAGAUUCAUGGCUGUUAUCAUCAAGUCCUGUGAGGCGUGCAUUCCUGAAGACAAUGAGGAAAUCGGACAAUCCACAAAGGCAUGCCGUCUAUGCCUUUGGAGGCCACUAUGACUUUAGGAAGGAGCUUCAAAUUGUAAACCUUCUUACCGGGUACAUAUACCUGGUUGAUCGCCUGGGUAGGAUAAGAUGGCAGGGCUUUGGAGCUGCGACGCAUGAAGAGUUGUCAUCGCUAACAGCAUGUGCCUCCAUCUUGUUAGAUGAGAAAUGA